AUGAUCGACAAAUCGCCCCGUGGUGGCUUCUUUGAGCGCUAUGUGGAUACCCUUCCCCCGAAGGAAUCGGGAUCCCACUUGACGGUUCGCAGCGGGACGACGCCCGGCCGUUUUUUACCAACUGCGGAGACGCUCUCGCCAUAUCCGGAUGGUGUUUGCUUAAGAGCACAUCAGGAACACAUACCAAACCCAGGGCUAAUGGACACGGCAAGGUCAAUUGAGAGUCUUAUGCCGUUUGAAGUGAAGGGUUGCAAGGCAUCGUCGGCACUUCCAAAUAUACAACUCAGCGAAGUGGCUGUCGAGUACGGAUUCCGCCAGCCGGUGGCAGCCUCAGACGAUCGUUGUUUGGCUGAUUGUUGCAUCAACGACUCCGGCUAUUGGACCUUGUGCUUUGCAACGGAGUCCGGUGCCAAACUGGGCGAGUUGAAAGUACCAGCACCAUGUGAAGAGGAGGGAGCGAAUUUUGACGACGUCAUGGGUAUAAUUCAUGAUAAGGCUGCACUUCUUAAGUUUCAGGUGCUGUACGUUACAUACUUGGAUAAGGAUUUUGAUUCUUUUGCGUUGCUGACGCCACAGACGGUGCAAUUCCACGCCGACUGCUUUCAUGUAAUUGUUGAAGUGAAAAAAGAUGAGACGGGCCAGAUGGCAGAUGUGCCGUUAGAGCUUGCGGCACCAUCGGAAGCACUUGCAGUGGAGGGGACUAAGACCCUCUUGAAGGUGGAUGGUGUUGUAAAGCGAACUGGCGGUUACGGGACUGUGUUGAGUUCUCCAAACGCAUUGGCUUCGCUGUUGUUCAGGGCUCCACAGGUUAAGGGCCACGUACCAGCACCUGAAGAGGAGCUGAGACUUGAUGAGGCCGUUUGCCGUGAUCUUAGCGUAGAGGAGGAGAUAAGCCGCGGGAAGAUAAGUUCCGAUGAGGCUACUACACGACUCAUCCUGCGUGCAACUGAGAGCACGGCGAUGUACAGAAUGUCAAGGUAUUCACUGUCUAACUGCAAGCAAACCCAAGUGGAAGAAUUACCGCAAUCGACUGAUCAGGCUUCAUUACAAAUGUCCUCCGAACGUGUGGAGCCGGCGCAGAAUAACGGAAAUUGUUCGGAUGAGCCUUCGUCAUCGGUUCAGCUGUCUCUUAUAGAACGUAUGAAUUUGUUUUCUCUUCAUGUUGACAGUCCGAUGAAGGUUGAGCCGGACAAGUGCGUUCCCCGGGUCACACGACUGCGUCUGACUUCCCCUGAUGAGGAAUGGAGUGAUUUGAUUCAGAAAGACUUUGGCAGAUUGACGGGUGCCGUUGUGCUAGACCUCUGUUCUUCUUUGGGCAUACCGCGUGAGGCUAUCACGACGUCGUUUAGUGCCCCCAAUUCGUUAUUGGUAAUCAUAACAAGGCUCAGCUACGAUACACGCACGAGCCGCCAGUUUCAGUCUGCCCUCUGGGAACAUGGCUUCCCCAACUUAAUGCAGCUUUAUGACCUCAUUCCCCAACAUCGUUGA